AAUUAUAUAAAUAAGAACGUGUUUACUUUAGGCCUGCAGUUUGUUGCACUUUCUCAAGAAACUGCAUCAAAUACUCACAAAAACCAUCAAAAUGGCACUUAAUUUAGUCGAUAUUAAAACCAUAUAUGCCGAAGACCCAAAACUUCAAGAAAAAGACGUCAAAGCCCUUGUAAAGUGGGUUCAAAACCAACCCCAUUUACCCAAAAUUGGCGAUUUUGAGGCGAUCUUAUUUCUAAAAAAAAGUGAUUAUCGUCUUGUUCAUGCCCAAGCCACAGUCGAUACAUUCUUCACUUUGAAAACUUUAUGGCCUGACGUCUUCCUCGAAAGAAAUUUUGCAAAAACUCCACAGCAACAGGGAGUUUUUGACGCAAUGAUCAUGAUGGUGCUGCCCAAAAGAACACCUGAAGGUAAUGCUGUAAUUUUUAUGAAACCCUUGGGCCCAAAUAUGAUUAAUCAUAAAGUCGAAACUUUGUACAAAUCUCUGUAUAUGGCGUGCAUGUUGGAUGUGUACCAAAAAGGACCCGCAAAUGGACAUAUAAUUGUUUAUGACAUUCAACACUUUCCUGAGUGUUACGUACCUAAAAUGCAAUAUGGUGUCUUUAAGAAAAUUUUUUAUUAUGACUACGAAAUCAUCCCAAUCAUGCAAAUAAAAGCGAUGCACAUUUAUAACAGGAACCCUAGAAUGGACGAAGUAAUUGCUGUUUAUCAAUCUGCUGCUCUCAAAUCACUUUUACCGUUGAUCAUCGCCCACAAAUCGCUGGACGAUUUGAUGAAAUACGUGCCCAAGGAAUGUUUGCCCCAAGAUUGUGGUGGUUUAUUGGAACCAGUGGCUGUUUUACAAGAGAAACACAAAAGCGAAUUGUUGAAGAAUGGUGCUUUCUUUGAUUCGUUUGAUCAUCUGAUGGUUGACGAGAGUAAAAGACCGGUUGACAACAUGAUUGCUCAGUGUAUGUUUGGCUUUGAGAAAUAAUUGUGUGGGGACAACUAUUAUUAUUGUUACGUGGGUUUAAUAAAUUCUUGCAAAAGAAAAAUAACUUUGUUGUUUGACAAGAGAGUACAGUUUCAAUUUAUACUUAA